GAUCUACUCGUAGCUUCGUCGUUCUUUGUUUUGUUUCUUCCUGGUUAAGAAUUUUGGUGAGUGGAGAGAGUUGAGGAUUUGAUUGGAGCAGAUGGAAGCUCUGUCUUCUCUUACGUUCAAGGGUUCUGUUCCAGAGGCUAUAUUUGAAGCCAAAGGGCAGAAGAAGCUUUUUGUUGUCUACAUCUCUGGAGAGGAUGAAGAGUCGAAUAAGUUGAACAGAUUGACUUGGACUGAUGCCUCGGUGGCAGAGUCGCUGUCGAAGUAUUGUAUUUUAGUGCAUAUUCAAGCUGGAAGUGUUGACGCCACAAACUUCUCCGCAAUAUACCCAUAUUCAUCUGUUCCUUGUAUAGCUGCCAUUGGGUUCAGUGGUACACAAGUUUGGAAAAAUGAAGGAUUUAUCGCUGCUGAAGACAUUGCAUCCAGUUUAGAGAAGGCGUGGUUAGGACUUCAUAUCCAGGAAACAACUGCAAGUAUUUUUUCAGCAGCACUUGCAUCACAGAACUCAGAGAAACCUGCUUCUAGUGAUUCUAAUUUUGUCUUGCCUUUAGAAAGUGGUCCUUUAGAUGCAGCGGUUGCAUCUCCAUCGACAGCCUCUACUGUUCAACCCUCAGAGACAAAUUCAUCGGUGACAUCUGCAUCAACAAAAGAAAACAUUGAUGGCGCAGUUGCAGUUAAGGGCAAAGAAUCUGCUGAACCCAGUAAUUUGUGUGAUACUACUAAAAACCAGCCAGCACCCUCUGUUGAUGGAACUAAUGUUGAACAUGAAGCGACAGAUACCCCUUCGCAUGUUCAGGCAGAAAAGGAGCCAAUUCGUCCUGCAGCACCAGGAACCAAUGAUAAUUCAACCAGCGUUCGAUCUUCUGUUGAUAGAAAAAGGAAACAGGUAACCGUGAUAAACAAAGAGGAUAGUGGUCUAGGUGUAAGUGGAAGGGACAUUAAUUUAACAAAAUCUGUCGGUACAAAAGAGGCCAUGAAGCCAAAGGAUGAAGGAGGAAAGGAAGAGGAUGGAGAAAAAUCCAAAAAAUCAUCUGAUGUUCAUUUAAACAUUCGAUUGCCUGAUGGUAGUAGCCUUCAGGAGAAGUUUUCUGUGACAAGUAUUUUGAGAAUGGUCAAGGAUUAUGUGAACAGUAAUCAAACAAUCGGACUGGGUGCUUAUGAUCUUGCGGUUCCUUACCCACGUAAGGUGUAUAGUGACCAAGAUCUGGAUAAGUCUCUAUCCGAGUUGGGUUUGUUUGAUAGACAAGCACUUGUAGUGGUUCUGCGGAAAAGAGCAACCGUCUAUCAAAGAGGACCAUCUCACUCUGAGUCUAACAACAACACAGACCCUACCAAUGGCGGUUACUUUGCUUAUGUUAGAAGAGUACUGUCUUAUGCAAAUCCGUUUUCAUAUUUUGGUGGCGGUACUGCCAACGCAUCAAGCUCUGGUCCAGAACGUCAAACAAGACCAAAUGCGGAUCUGAGAAACAACCUGGGACAAGUGGGCUCCUCCUUUCAAGAUCCAUCAGAAGGUCGGAGCAACGUUAGGAAUAGGAGACCAACCACUUCUCGGAUUGGAAGUAACAUCCAUACACUGAAUCAUGAUGAAGAUGACACUCCAUUUGGUGAUGGAAACGCCUUCUGGAAUGGAAACUCCACACAGUACGGCGGUGAAGGUAAUGACAGGCGAUGAAGAUGAGAGAACUUGAAAUCCGUCUGGAACUAGUAACAGGAACAACUCUUAGUAUACUUUUCCGGUUUACUUUGUAUACUUCACUUUCUAUAUGAAACAUCUACAUGUUCCGAUCGAUAAGAUUGACCAACUAGAAAAUGAUUCCUUGAUGUUUCAGUUUUCAUUGAGGUUAAGAAUACCAAACAUUGAUUAUAUCUUGAUCGCGAACUUCCAUGCCGUCUC